AAAAUCUUGUUUCGCAGAAUUGGAUCAUAAAAUCUUUGCCGUACCUUCUGCUACUAAUCCGAAUAAGGAUUCGGAUUUACCUGUGCCACCAUUAUUAUGUCGUUUGCCUGUCAUUAAAAUUGGGAUAUUUCGCGGAUUUACAGUUUGCGACGGCAGCUGUCGCGGAUUAGCGAUUUCCACCAAUUGGCAGGUAGACGCCCGUGGUCCUUAGCGAUCCUUAAUUCGCCAGGUAAAUCCUUUGAGCUUCUAUAAAAUCGCGGCGCGCAGCUCAAGCAGCAUCAGUCACAUCGCAUCCAGCAAGUGAACAACAAGUCACCAAGUGUUCCUCAUCGCAACCAGUCAGUGAAAAAGUCACCAAGUUUUUAAACCGUGUAAAAAGUCACCCAGCUUCCAAACCGUGAAAAAAGUCACUAAGCUUCCAAACCGCGAAAAAAGUCACCAAGCUUCCAAGCCGUGAAAAAAGAUACCAAUUUUUCAAACCGUGAAAAUUUAAUACAAAAAAUAAAAAUAUGAAGAGUGUUCAAGUGAUCCGUCUGCAGCCUGAUGAGUGGCAAACUCAUGAUGCCGUCGAAUUAGACGCAGCUGCCGCAUUGCUUAUGCUGCGCUAUCAGUACAACAUCAAGAUCCAAAGAGUUGGUGCUGCUGAAUCUGAAGAUUCCGACGAUACAAAGCCGCCAUCGCCAGCUUCACCGCCGCCACUAGCUCCGGUGACAGCCACUGUUGUGGUGCCCAAGGCAGGCAUCUCUGCUGCAGCCGUCAACAACAACGGCAACGCAAAGGUAAUCUUGGCCGGUAAACCAAAUGUAGUCAUCAUAGCCAAGCCAAAAGCAGCAACAACUGUUGCACCAUCCAAUAUGGUGGUUAUCUCCAAGCCAAAGGCAAUCAUUGCUCGCCGAGCUCUGCCGGCAGCUACUGUCAAAGCAUUCCCAGCUUGUGGUCCGAAACCAACAACAGUUGCUGCUCUCAAGCUAUCUCCAAAGGCUGCUGCUGCUGCUAAGCCAAUUACUGUUGCUGCUUUUAAGCAAGCUACGAUUGCUGGUACCAAAAUAAUUCCAGUUGCUGUUCCUAAGCAAAUUACUAUUGCUGCUCCCAAGCCAGUUCCAAAUGCUGCUCCUAAGCCAAUGGCAGUUGUUGUUCCUAAGCCAAUGGCAGUUGCUGCUCCUAAGCCAAUGGCAGUUGCUGCUCCUAAAGUUGCGCCAGUCGUGGCAACCACAUCGGCAGUCGCUGCUCCUACAGUUAUUACAGUUGCUGCUCCUAUUGCAUUGCCAGUCGUCGCCUCCACAUCGGCUGCUGCUACCGCCAAAGCAGCUGAACAGGACUACAACACACCCAAGGAUCAAAUUCGCCCAGCUGUCAAGGUCGCCUCAUCGCAGCCGCUGAAGAAACGCGCUUUGCCGCCGUAUUUGUUGCGUUACACCAUGACUCCAGACUGUGCCACAACUGUGGGCGAUAACAUCAACACUACUCAAGCUGCUCCCAGCACAUCUCAGGCAGCUGCUAUCACUGAGAUUCAGACUCAAACUCAAGCUGCUGCUACCACAUCUCAGGUGGCUGUCACCAUUGCACAGGCUGCCAACACUACUCAGGCUGCUGCUCCGGUUGUUUCUGCUCCAGUUGUUGCUGCUCCGGUUGUUGCUGCUCCGGUUGCUGCUGCUCCGAUUGCUGCUGCUCCGGUUGCUACCACAUACCACGUUGCUACCAGGAAAUCUCUGGCUGUUGCUGCUGCUGCUAAAAUUCAGAUUGAUGCUACCAAAACUCAGAUGGCUGCUGUUAAAGCUCAGAUCGCUGCUGCCAAAGCUAAGGUUGCUGCCGCCACCACUCAAGCUACUGCUGCUGCUGCUAAGCCAGCUCCGGCUGCCGCUGGCACAUCUCGUCGGGCAAGCACUUCUCGUCCGGCUUCUCGUGCCGCUUCUCGCGCUGCCUCUCGUGCCGCAAGCGCUUCUCGAUCGGCCAACACUUCUCGUGCCUCGAGCACUGCUCCUGCCACAAACGGCACACGUGCCACUGCCGCUGCCGUGGUCAAGGCCAAGGACAAGUUGCAUGCCAAAGAGUGCAACACUUCGCUGUUGAAGUCGUGCCGCAACAUGAUUCGCGAGUUCCUCGAGAGUCAGAAUGCCUACUAAAUUGGGUUUGAUUUAAUUUGAUUUGAUUUCACUUUUUAUUUUUUAUUGCAAAUAGAAAUUUUUUCCUUUUUUUGUGUAAGUUGAUUUUUUUUGUAUACAUACAUAUAGCAUAUAAUCAUAAUCAUAAUCAUAAUCGUAAUCAUUAUCAUAAUCAAUUAUCAUCAUUUAUAUAUACUAUUAUCGAAAGAUAAGGUUUUUCAAUGGAAGAACAGGUAUUGUGGCGACACUAAAGUGCUAAUUAUUAGCUAUUGGCGGUGUUUAAACUUAUGCGUUAAGAAAAAACAAACAAACUAUAUAUAAUAUAUCAUCAUAUAUAAUCAUCAUCAUCUCUCUCUAAUAUAUCAUCAUAAUCAUCAUACGUAUACUUAAUAUGCAAUAUGCGCUAGUUUUGUAAUCAUAGAAUAAUUCAUCAUUGUAAUUGUAAUGCUACCAUUUUUUUCUUGUAUUGGUGUUGGUGUCGGUGUGUGUGUGUAAUUAUAAUCAAUAAA